AUGGAUGGACCACCAUAUGAUAGCCUAGAGGCGCGGAGCCGCUUCGUGGCGCUGGCCGACAUGGCAGAAAUCUACCUCACUGCUGCAGAGGAUGUAUAUCGGCACAUACCCGAGGCCCAAUCCAUGAAGAUACUCACGGUCAUGGAGUUAUGGGUAGCCUGCGACCUAUACGCCACCAAUUUCUAUCCGGCACUCCGCGAGUACCACACCGGAUUCCGACCUGGCAUGUUUAACUUCCUCAUUUUACCCAGAAAGGAGGAUCUCACUCGACUUGCGGCCUUGGAGUACCACCUUAAUAAACGGCAAAAAGACGCCAAGAUGGGUGUCCCAUGGGAAUUCGUAGAAGGAAGCACCCAACCUAACUCCUUUGCUGUCCGGUACUAUGAAUCCUGCUCCGAACUGAAGACAUUGCACGAUAGGCUCCGGAAGGCUGCUGAAUCGGCGAAAGCUGCGAAGGAGGCCGAGUAUGGAAAAUUAAAGGACAAGUUUGACGCCCGUAUUCGUGAAGUUAACAGGGCUCCGCCGUGCCACCACGACUGGUACUGGUCCGAUUGCUCGAUAUGCGAAGAGAGGGAUACAGCCCGGCGAAUGAGUAUCCAGGUCUUCGAAGAGCCUCUCCCAGACGAUGAGCUAGUUGCCAAAACGCUUGUCUUCGAGCUCCAACUCCCCGAAGUUUAUGCACGAUGGAGGGACCUGACGCUCCGGAUCCUUACCGCGACAACCCACCCCGAUCCUACGGCCAAUCAACCCUCUCAACGUGAGCCUUACCUCACCCAGAAGCACCCCGUGGUCGCAAACACCUUGGGUCCUCAGGGUGGGGCUCGGGGGUUCAGGUUUCGACCUGCCUCCACAUCUGUGCCCUCCAAAUCUUCACAUGGCACGAGUAUUCUAGUUUCUGAGGCAAAGGAGAAGAUUUUCACGCCUCAUGGCUAUGUAUAUGAGCUGUACGACACCCUAACUAGAAAGCCAAUUGUCCCGUCGCAGCUAUUGGGGCAGCUUCAUGCAGGUUUCGCCUAUCCACCUCCAACUACACAUGAAGCACUGAGGCAGUACAUUGUGGGCACCUCUCACUCAGAAAACGAUGUCACCGCGGCAACGACAAGCUCGCCGGAACUUCCCUCGAACAUGUCCCGCGACGAAUUCAAGAUCUUCGGUACUCUGCGGGCGGGGGAUUUGCUUCAGUGGCGAAAUAUCCUGGAGCAACUGCUAGCUCCCACACUGGACUUCAACAAGGUGGAUACUUUGUAUCUUGUCCUCCAAACAGCCAAUGAAGCGGGCCCCAGUGUCGGCGAUGGCCCCCUCCGUCAGUCUCAUGCCAUCCUAGAUGACGAGACCUUUGGGUUACGACUAAUCGACGCUCUGGAAGACGCCUUUGCCAGAGUCAGCAAGAACUGGGACAACCACGUCUCUUGGUGCAUAUAUCUUAGCCUCGCCACCAGGCUGUUCUCCAUGUCAACUAGAAACACCGUCCGCAUCCACUGCCUGUCGUUUUUGUCCGAAAUACGCCACCGAGCGAUAUCCUGCGUAAGAGAUCUCCGCAAAAGCAUCGAGGAGAGUGAUUCCGUCCAAGGUCGCAAGAACUUGAGCAAACAAGCUUUGCUAUUAGCUCUGAUAUGCCAUGUGACCUUCGAUAUUGGUAAUGCUCUUCCGGUUGUCUUAGCAGACGUGAAGGAGGCUUCCAUUCUUGUUGCCGCGUCAAUUUUCAUCGCCGAGCUUACCGCGGGUGAGGUGCCGAGAGACGUAUCGGAAAUCGAGGUGGAUCCAGUUAUGAAUCUUCUACUCUAUCGCUGGCGCCGGCUCUCCUAUACCGCCGAGGACUUCUUACGUGGCACAAUAGCACACAAGCCUGGCAUACACACCUGCCUCGAUAUUGCCGUAACGGAGAUCUGGGCAGAAUAUGCUCCGCCAACAGAAUGGACUAUCGCAGAAGAAGAUGACUACCGACAUGUCCUGAGUGCGGCAGGAAAGAUUGAAGACGAGAGGACCUCAAUGCACGAGUUUCAAUACAACCUCCUAACGGGACAAUUCCUCAUGGAUCAUAUGCCGAUAAGCUCACUGCCCCAGGAGUACCUCAUUGACGACACAUAUAGACGGCUCUUCGGGGAACGGGUAAUAAAGGUCUUUCCAAAGAAGCUAGAAAAGACUGUUUUCUCUGCCGAGAAGCCUCAGUUUGAGCAUUUUCCCAUUCACUUCGGCAAGGGCGAUGAUGGGCUCAUAAUACGCGCUGAGAAAGGGGGGCAGAUGUACGAAUUCAUUCCGCCACGCAAGCUAGAGGGGGAUUUCCCACCUCUACUGGUCUCCGACUACAUCCACUGGUGGGUCGAAGACAAGAACACGGUCGAGUUUCGGCCUUUGAAGAAAGCCUGGGAACCCAUCGGAGAGGCAGGCGGACGCCAUGGUUUUGUGCUCCAUCUAGGAGUUGACGAUGCGUCUCCAGCUCAGCUGAAGCGAAACGCGUCGACGUGUCUCGUUGGCAGCCGCAGCAAAACAUGGAGCACAGUGACAAGCAUCUUUCAGUCGAUCGAAUUACCGAAAUUCAUCCAUCUCAUGCUUAUCCAAGACGGUCACGGAACUGGAUGCUUGGAAAUUGAACUCCCACGAUACGGUAUGCGCUUCAGUCUUCUUCCUGGAGACACGUCAAUCACUUCGAAUCACUAUAGAGGUUUCUCGGUGGAUGGUAGCCAGUCAUUUGGAGCGCUAGUGGGACUCCAGAGUAAGCUGGUCCUCAAAUUCAAAGCCUCGGGCUUGAGAGCUGUCGUCGUGCCUCACGGGAAGUUGUGUUUCGCCAAAGAGCAGAGUGGACAUGCCUCAUCCUGGGUGCAUACUGGAGACAGAAGGCCAAUCAAACACCACUUUCUGCAGAUAGAUACCACACUCGGACAACUCAACGAUGGCGGCGCCUUGGGAAACAAGCUGUUCCUGGUUUACUUGCAUGCCAUCACGUCGCAUUGCCUCCCAGACCCCCUGACAGGUCGUACUGGGACCGAGGAAGCACUCCGAAUCCUUAACACGGCUGCGGUCAAGUCUUUCGACAGGCUUCGGAAAGGGCCAGAGAGCCUCCUGCGUCAAAUUGCUGGCCUGAGCCCCCGACGCUUUCUCACCGUUCUCGCGGAUGGCCGCGUAGCCACCGCCAUUUGGUCACAACUCUCCAUGCUCGCGCAGGACGACGCCUUUUACGUCUCUGUCCAGGCUAUCCUCAACCAUGCACGCAGAUGUCAGUUUUUCUUUCGGGAGAAACAUAAAGGAGGCAAGGUUGAAAUCGAAAAGCUGGGGACAUCGCAGGACGAGUUAGUUCGCCGGUCCCUGAACAGAGCGGCAACGUUUCGAGUGGCUCAAUUCGGCGCCGAGGAGUUCACGACGAGCCAUGAUGAAGAUUACAAGGCACGGGAUGAAAACACGGGCUCCCCUGCUGGCCUACGCAGCUACAGCGUGGCGAAUCUCAAUUUGGACGAAGCCGGUGAACACUUCCACGAUCGGUAUAGGCUUACCAUGUUCUUUGCAGCGCUGAGCUUCGCGGAGGAGACAGAUGCUGGAAUUAUUCAGCUACUUCUGACCUUUGCAAUGUCUCACGCGGUGCGCAACCUCCCGGUACCCGUGCAAGAAUCUGAGCUCAGACUCACAGACGGCGCGGUAACCGAAGUCAAGCGACUGACUCAGUUAAUCAAAAAGCAUGCAUGGGGUCAGAAUGUGUGGCGUUGGCGUUUCGAGCCGGACAAAUCGGCCGCUGUUACCGAUCUCGUCAAUGCUCUCUCGCGACAGGAUCCAUGCGACAAUAUAGAUGAGCCUGCUGACGCAAGUCGUUAUCGAAAAUACCUCCCGCUGGAUGCUAUUAUGGCGGACGUUCGUGAUCUCUUCAGCUCAUGGUCUCGUAACGGAAAGUACAUGGCAUACCUCCGCAACGCAAUUGACAAGGCACGCUCACUCAAACAACAAGAGAUUGAAGUUGAAGAGACUCGAAGAACCAUUACAAUAGCUGGAGCCCAACAAGGCGACGACCGACGCAGGUCCGUGAGCGUGGACGACCUCUUCGCACAAAACCCUCCAGAAAUUUCCCCCCUACAGCCCGAGCAGUUCGAAGCGUACAUACUCCGAAGCAAACACGACGAUAAUACAACAGAGCUGAGGGUUAGCCGACUGCGUAAGAUCCUGUCAGAAGACUGUCAAGAUGGCCCUGAGCACCGGUCAAAGUACGUGGAGCGACUACAGCACAGUAUAGACGAGUUCACGAAUCAGUCCGUUAGAUUGCCAUCUAGGCCUUCUCUAGACGGAUUUCUGAAGGAUGACUUCAAAGAAAGAACCGCUGGGCAUUUGGCAGAUUGCCAGGUUGCCGUGGAGAAGAUGCGGACCGAUAUCACUCACACGCUGAAGCAGUCGCCGAAUGCAGCUGGACGUGGGGCAUUUCUCGGCCCCCUGCAGCCGCGAAUCACAACGAUCCUACUCCUUGAGCACCUAACACCUCGCCGACAUCGGCCGACCUCCCCGGAAUGGAAGCAGGCCAUCAUGAGCUUUGCCUACUCCAUCAGAGUACUCCAGAGGGCCGAGAGACUUGCUAGAGCCGCAGGACUGCCGGCAGAUCUCGCAAGGGACGAAGUACUGCGAGAGCUUAACGAUACGGCGAGCAUGAAACUGGAAGGUGUGCAGCCUAAAGAUCCAGACUGGGACCGCAUGAAGCAUCCCGAAUCUCUCUUGCUCGAAGUCGAAAACGGAAUAUUCAUUCGACCAGUGCAAGAAAGCAUCGCCCGGCAUAUGCUGCAGGGCUACACCGUGCAGCCGAGAGAUCUAGGUCAUGCCGUCAUGCAGCUCAAUAUGGGCGAGGGGAAAUCUUCUGUGAUCAUCCCUAUCGUUGCAGCGGCACUGGCCGAUAGCGCCCUUGUUCGUGUAGUCGUAACUAAGCCACAGUUCGGGCUGAUGAUGCAGAUUCUUGCACACAAACUAGGCCGCCUCCUCAACCGGCGGAUCUACACCUUGCCCGUAUCUCGAAAAUUGAAACUGGACAAGGAGGGUGCGAACGUGCUGGUCGACCUAUGUGAUGAAUGUAAGAGAAAUGGUGGUAUUUUACUCCUACAGGUCGACCACAUCCUGUCGCUAAGGCUUCUGGGGCUCGAAGCGAUUAUCAAAAACUCUGAUGGCACCACCGGUAGCACCAUUUUGGAGGGCCUAUCUCAGUUGGAAGAUCACUCUCGAGACAUCAUCGAUGAGGCCGAUGAGGUUUUCAACCCUCGAUAUGAGCUCACAUAUGCCAUGGGCACCCAACAGAAUCUCAACUUUGGACGCCAGAGAUGGCAGCUUAUCCAAGAUGUACUCUCAGUUCUCGCAAAAGCGGCUGAGAGGCUGCAUAAGAAUGGCCAGCGUGGAUUAGAGUUUGACGAGCGGGAGGGACUGCACAGGGCGUUCCCCAAAACAAGGAUCACGCAGAACUCGACCGCUUUGGUGCUUGCCAAAGCGGUCGCCGAGGAAAUAUGCAUUGAAGGUCUCGAGGGACUAUCUAAGGUCGCUCUCCAUUCCGAUAGAACCUUGUCUCAGACCUUACUCGAAUACAUCACUAAAGCUGAUCCGGACCAGAGCAUCGUGAAAGAAAUGGAACGGGGGUUCAUGUCGAAGACCACAAGGCCUUAUGCCCUCCUCCUCAGGGGCUUGUUAGCCCUUGGAGUUCUUGGCUUUGUUCUGCAGAAGCGAUGGACGGUCAACUACGGCUUAAGUGAAGAGAGGAGGCCUCGAACAGGGGUAGCAGUCCCCUACGUUGCGAAGGACUGGCCAUCACCGAGAUCUGAAUUCAGCCACCCGGACGUUGUUAUCUUGUGCACCUGUCUCUCUUACUAUUACAGAGGACUGACAGAUGGCGAACUUAUGGAAGCAUUCCGGUACUUGCGCAAUCGAUCUGACGGAGGGAGCUCAGAAUACAGCGCCUGGAUCAAGGACAACAAGAACAUCCCCGUAGAACUUCGGCACUUGACCAGCAUCAACCUCAAGGAUAACAAGCAGUGUGCCAAUGGCAUUUUCAAUCACCUACGGUUUACCAAACGCGUCAUCGACUACUACCUGUCCAACAUAUUGUUCGCCAGACAGAUGCGAGAAUUCCCAGAGAAGCUUUCUGCAUCCCCAUGGGACCUUACAGGUCGGAGGAAACAUCUACUCACCGGAUUCAGCGGCACAAACGACUCGAGGGACAUGUUGCCAUUGCCCGUUCGCUACCUAGACCUACAGCCAUACACUAACGCCGCUGUCUUGGAUUGCCUCCUUAGGCCUGAGAACACAGUUCGAAGGAUAGACAUGACGACCAAAGGAAAGCAAUCGGCCGCCGAAUUCAUCCUAGAUCAGCUGUCAAAGUCAAGUCCAGAGAUCAGGGUGAUCCUUGACGUUGGCGCCCAGCUUCUAGAUAUGAACAACCUAGAAGUUGCGAACGCCUGGCUCCACAAAGCCGAUACGGCCGAGGCCGUCAUCGUAUUCGACGGAAAGGGCAAUCUUGUCGUCGUGACGAAGGAUGGACGUACAGAAGCAUUCCUGGCCUCACCCUACUCGAUGCACACCUCGGCAUGUCUCGUCUUUCUUGAUGAGGCCCACACAAGAGGGACCGAUCUUAAGCUUCCACCGCACUACCGCGCCUCCGUGACUCUGGGACCGAAUGUGACGAAAGAUAAGCUUGUGCAAGCGUGCAUGAGGAUGAGGAUGCUUGGCAGAGGGCAGUCAAUUGAGUUCCUUGUUUCGGAUGAAAUUGCAGAGAAAGUGACCAGCCUCAAUGGGGUCCAAAAGAACGACGAGCUUCGGGUGAUGCAUAUCUUGCGCUGGGCGAUUAGGGAGACAUGGCGUGAAAGUGAAAAGAGUAUCGGUCUCUAUGCGAUGCAGGGCAUACGGCACCAAGUCCACGAAGUGCUGUGGAAAGAUUUAAGAAACAGUACCGUGGCCAUGCGAAAGCAAUUUGCCCACAAGUUUCUCGAGAAAGAGGCACAGACUCUCGCUCAACGGUACAGCCCUCCGAAAAGAGAGAACAUUUUCAAAAGGGAGACAGCAAGACCGCUAUUGGAGGCGAGAAGGGAAGAACUAAAGCUGAUCGAAAAGAGAUGCGGCAGCUUCGGUGUUAUUUCAAUGCACCCCACACGGGCCGGCGAAGAGCAGGAGCGAGAGCUUGCGCCAGAGCGGGAGGAACAGCGACAGCUGCAGAAGCCCGUCGCUUUGGCGCCGCUGAGGCCUGACCUCCACGAUGAUGUCUUAAAGUUUGCCCGGUGUGGCAUAAUUGACACCGAUCGUCUCUCCGAAGCUUUCAUUCCAGCAUUCAAGAUAUUCGAAGCUUCUAGUGUGCGCGGCCAGAAGGUGCUAUCCCAGUUCCCUUGCGACCUACUUGCGACUCGCGAAUUCGCCCGGACUGUCGAUUCUCAGCAGUCACGCAAGUUCAUCUCGGACCACUAUCUCCGUCCGGUGCACUGGGUGAUGACCAGCACUACCAAAGACGGCAACGUUGCGCACAUGGUACUUCUCAGCUCGUGGGAAGCAAACGAACUCCUACUUAAGUUCACCAAAGACGGCUACAACGACCACGUCCGCCUGCACAUGUACGCGCCACGGGUGAGUCCACUACUCCGGUCACUGGAAGACCUGGCUCUAUAUACCACACCUGCGCUUCCACAUAACUGGGUCGUGCCCCUGCAAUUGAUACGACUGUUGAAUCUGUUCGCAGGACAGUUAUUUCUGCGCUCAUAUGCGGAGUAUACUUACGUGUGUGACUUCCUUGGGCUUCCACAUCGGUUAGAUGGCAACGCACUUCCGGACAUGAAAACGGAUGGAUUUCUGGGCGACAACAAGCAUGCGGACUGCCCCUUCUCCGAGAGUCCUGUUCCAUUCUUAAGAGCUUUGCUACAAGACAUUUGCCGAGACAACCAGGAUAUCAAAGGAACCGACAUGGGUCGCAUUCUCGCCGGGGACUUGUUGACGGAGGACGAUUUC